CUGUGCGCUGCUGGCUAUUUCCGGAGUAAGAUGGCUGCAGCGCGUGUGCUGAGAAGCUGGAGCCGGAACUCUGUCAGACUGAGCUAUGUUCGUUAUUUUCAAACAUGUAAUAAGGGACGUGUUUUGAAGCCAAAAUAUGUGUGUUCUGUGGGUUAUCCAUUGCUCAAGUACAGCCAACCACAUCACUCCCUGAGAACAGCAGCCGUGCUCCAGGGACAGGUUGUUCAGUUCAAACUCUCCGACAUCGGAGAAGGGAUUCGAGAAGUAACUAUUAAGGAAUGGUAUGUAAAAGAAGGAGAUACGGUAUCUCAGUUUGACAGCAUCUGUGAAGUUCAAAGCGACAAGGCCUCUGUCACCAUCACCAGCCGUUACGAUGGUGUCAUUAAGAGGCUCUAUUACAAUCUAGACGAAAUUGCUUAUGUGGGGAAACCACUGAUAGACAUCGAGACAGAAGCUUUAAAGGAUUCAGAAGAAGAUGUGGUUGAAACUCCUGCUGUGUCCCAUGAGGAGCACACUCACCAAGAGAUAAAAGGCCAGAAAACACUGGCAACGCCUGCAGUUCGUCGGCUGGCGAUGGAAAACAAUAUUAAGCUGAGUGAAGUUGUUGGCUCAGGAAAAGAUGGCAGAAUACUUAAAGAAGAUAUCCUCAGCUUUUUGGAAAGGCAGACCGGAGCCAUACUGCCUCCCUCACCAAAGUCUGAAGUCACACCACCUCCACCACAGCCCAAAGACAGGACCUUCCCCACUCCAAUAUCGAAGCCUCCAGUAUUCACGGGCAAAGACCGAACGGAGCCUGUAACAGGCUUCCAAAAAGCAAUGGUCAAGACCAUGUCCGCAGCCCUGAAGAUUCCCCACUUUGGGUAUUGUGAUGAGAUCGACCUCACGGAGCUGGUGAAGCUUCGAGAAGAACUGAAGCCUGUUGCUCUGGCUCGUGGAAUCAAGCUCUCUUUCAUGCCCUUCUUCUUAAAGGCUGCUUCUUUGGGACUCCUACAGUUUCCGAUCCUUAAUGCCUCUGUGGAUGAAAACUGCCAGAACAUCACCUACAAGGCUUCUCACAACAUUGGGAUAGCAAUGGAUACUGAGCUGGGGUUGAUUGUCCCCAAUGUGAAGAAUGUUCAGGUACGCUCUGUAUUUGAGAUUGCCAUGGAACUGAACCGCCUCCAGAAACUGGGCUCCUCUGGUCAGCUCAGUACCACAGACCUUACGGGAGGGACAUUUACUCUUUCCAACAUUGGAUCAAUUGGUGGAACCUAUGCCAAGCCAGUGAUAUUGCCACCCGAAGUAGCCAUCGGUGCCCUGGGAGCGAUUAAGGCUCUCCCUCGAUUUGACGAGAAAGGAGACGUUUAUAAAGCUCAGAUCAUGAAUGUGAGCUGGUCAGCUGAUCACAGGGUCAUCGAUGGUGCCACCAUGUCACGUUUCUCUAAUUUGUGGAAAUCCUACUUAGAAAACCCAGCGUUUAUGCUGCUGGAUCUGAAAUAACGGCGAACAGGACAUCCGUGAACUUUUCGCAUUUCCAAAGAGUAUGUGAGAUCUAGCUGAGCCAGCACGGAUGCUGGUUACAGCUGCAUUAGAAAUGGUUUGUGCUGCUUGUUAGGGCUCUGAGGCACAGUAUUUAUCACUGAUGCAUUAGGUUUUCUGCUGAAAAGGAGCGGUGGGUAAUGGUUCUUCUGGGUAUCACAUUGUGUGAGUCAGAGGGAGACUUCCAUUAUGGUGCUGAGAUCUUUGUGUCAGUGAGUUGAAACAAGCAACAAAACAAAACUGAUGUCACUAAAUGCCACUAAUGUCACUCACUGGCGAGUAGUGGUACACAUGUGGUACUUGCCCUCUUUCUUUUUAAUUUUUAGCUGAUUUUUUAAAUGAAACUUUUAAAUUAUACUUAAUUGGGGAAAGGAAUUUAUAUACAAAUAUAUUUUCAUUUCCCUACGAUCAAGGUAACUGUUGUACAAAACGAGUGCAAUUCUGUUUAUCUCUUCAACUUAUGAGACAUAUCUUCUUGCCUUACAUGUAAAAUAUCAUCUAUAAACGUCGUAUAGCUAUAAAUUAGCAUUCUUGAAAGGGGGACAUAUAAGGAAGAUAUUAGUUAGAACUAAUGAUAGUUUACAACCAAAAAGGUUGUUAAAAGUAAAUAUUUAGAAUGUAUAAACAGAUGUCUAGAGCUGUGGUAAUGCUUUGGCAUCUUGCUGAGAAAUACUUGACUUUGCAAACUCACUUUGUGAUGUAAAAUACCGUAAGUAUAUCAUCACUGACUUUUUCUCUUUUAAUACUUAGAGAUUGAUUUCCUUUUGAUUCCAUUGAUGUUUAACUGAACAUGAGAAAAGGACUUGGAA